AUGCAUAUUGAUACCUUUCGGUGUCUGUUGAAGCACAUUGGUACUGCGAUAGAGAGGGAUACUACGGAGUUUGUCGAAGACAAAGAGUAUCGAGAAACUCGGUUGAAGCACAUUGAUCUGGAGAUAGGGAUGGAUCAUUUGCCGGAGCUCGUCAAAGACACAGAGUAUCACAGGACUCUGUUUUCCGGCACAAGUGGUGAUGAGCUUCUAGUUCUAGCUAUUUCUUGUAAGGAAUUUGGCAUAGCACUGGGUAUGUUGGACCAUUACAAAGCCAUACAUAGUGAAGCUGUGCUUAUGGCUAUAGCUCAAAACUACCCACGUGAACCCAAGUUUUGGGAAAGGAUAAGAGUAUGGCCAUUUACUCGAAAAAGUUCUAACAUUCCUUAUUCUGCUUACUGCCUAUUAUGGACAACAUGUAAAAUUAUACGACACAGCGCCCAUAGUAAUCGCUGUUACACGAAUCCUGUUUUUGAAGCCACAAGACUAAACGAAACUAAUGUGGUUGAAGCUAUAAUGUCAAUGUUCCCGGAUACAAUUUGGAGUACCAAUGAAGAUGGUCACAACUUCGUCCAAUAUGCUGUGAUAAAUCGUUCAGAAAAUAUUUACAACCUCUUAUACCAAAUGAGUGAACAUAAGAAUAUUUAUAAAACCAUCAAAGACUCUUCUGGGAAUAACCUCUUGCAUUUGGCUGCAAGAUUGGCACCUUCAAACAAAUUGAAUCUUAUAUCAGGUGCUGCUUUGCAAUUACAACGAGAACUUCAAUGGUUCAAGGAAGUAGAAGGAUUUGUACGCCCCUUAAACAAGAUUCAAAAGAACUCUUUUGAUGAAACACCUGAAACAGUGUUUACUAGCCAGCACAAGGACUUGGUGAUCGAGGGAGAAAAAUGGAUGAAGGCAACCGCAGAGUCCUACACAAUCACAGCUGCUCUCAUCACCACAAUUGUGUUUGCAGGGGCUAUCACAGUGCCCGGAGGAAACAAGGAUACAGGGUUACCAAAUUUUUCCAGCAAGGCCGCUUUCACGGUAUUUGCAAUAUCAGACGCCAUAUCAUUAUUCACGGCUGUUACAUCGUUGUUAAUGUUUUUAUCCAUCCUCACCACACGUUUUGCUGAACAAGACUUUCUCUACAAGUUGCCAAAAAGGUUGAUCAUUGGCCUUGCCACCUUGUUCAUCUCAACGACGGCAAUGAUCUUAGCUUUUGGUGCAACAUUACUCCUUGUGUUUGGACAAGGGAACUCAUGGAUUCUUCUUGCAAUAGGUGCAUUGACAUGCUUACCAAUUACUUCUUUCGUGACGCUGCAAUUUCCACUUAUUGUAGACCUGAUGAGUGCCACAUAUGGUCGUAGUAUCUUUGUUAAAAGAAAAUAUGAUGACGACUUCAACAUCUACUGAAACUUUUGUACAUGUAAAUGUAAUGAUCAUUCCCCAAGGAUACAUGAUUGGAGAAAGAUGUUGAUUGCUUAACACUGUUAACUUA